ACCCGUAUGGAUAUUGAGUAUUGUAUGUAAUGUAUACAAAAAAUAAAAGAUGAGCAGAGCGGUAUCGUUUCUUAUCUUUUCAUUAUUCCCAAUAUCUAAAUUGGGGCGGAUAAACAUAUUAACGUGACGUCAUUAUGUCCCACCCCGAAAAUUGACUGCACCCAAUCCACGUCAUUGAGUCCCACCCCGAAAAUUGACUGCACCCAAUCCAAGAUGGCGGCUUUAUAUAGACAAAGAAGGGGAAAUGUGAUCUAGAGUCAGGUCCCCUUCUACAUGUUCUACUUAUACUAAUGACAUAUCAUGAAUGGAUUUAAUUUAGUAAAGGAUGAAACGCACGAUGUCGUGCAAAUAGCCUGUGAGGCUGAGAAAACAACACAGGUGGACCUGUUUGUGGUACAUGUUGAUGACGACUGGACAAGCAAUACUCUCCUCCCUUUACUUAAAGAAAAUGAGAUCACAUAUCUGUCUCUUGAAAACGACGCAACACCAGGGAAAUCAACUCUUUGCAGCUUUGAAGAAUUUCUUAUAAAGUCUGAGAAGGUUUUAUUUGUUCUCUCAGAAGAACUUUGCCAAAAUCCUUCUUUUCCUAUUCAGUACAUGAUUGAAUCUGCAUUACAAUUACCUGCUAAAGACUUGCUAACCGUUACUACCACUGGUUUUAAAACAAAGUUGCCGAAUUAUCUGAGAGGAAUUCGGAACGUUGACAUACAUAAUUCCGACAACUUGUUACCACUGGUCGCCGAAAUAAAAACGAGAAGUAUCAAAUUUUGCAAACUUGUAAGGCAUGAAGGCAAUUUAUCGAAUGCUUUGUUCAUGAGAGGUCUUUGUUUGCAAGUAUUUUGUGGAGAUAUAUAUGGCUUACUUAUAGUGGCACAGGAAAAAUAUCUACAAGUGGACAUGAAUGAAUUUUCAAAACAUUUAGGUAUCCACAGUUCUCUUAAAACAGACGAAGCUUGUAAGGUAUGUAAAAUUCUCUGCCAUCCAAAAACAAAAGUUGGUUUUAUCAUAAAUACACAGUCUCUGACUAAGACGGUUUCACAAGAUCUUAUACCAUUGGUUUCGCGUCUGUGUAAACAGGUUUGCGAUGCCUCAUUAUUUCGUACUAAUUGGGGCGUUUUGGCAACUGUUACUGGGCCUUUCACGCAGGAUCAACAAGUAAUAGUCUCACAUCUAUUUAGAUCUGUGAGCAAAGAAAUUAAGGAAGAAACAGACAAAAGGGCACUUAAAGUUAUGCCAUGUUUUCCAGAGUUUUCCAGUCUACAAGAAAGACUGUGUUCAUUCAAACAUGGCUGGUCGGAAGAAACAUUACCAAAGGCCAGUGCCAUGGCCAAAUCCGGUUUCUUUUUUGUCGGUAAACCGUCCCGAGCACAAUGCUACUACUGUGGUGUAUAUAUAACAACAUGGAAUAAAGCUGAUGAUCCAACUGCGACGCAUGCAAAGUUCGGAUUAUGUCCAUAUGUGAAAGAUCUUUUUCAUGAAAAUAUACGCAUCGAUGACAGAAAAUCUUCAGACACUUCUCCUGCAGAACAAUGCAAAACAGUGUCCUCCCGGCAAUUAACAUUUUAUAAUUUUGAAUUAGAUAAUAACACGGAAUGUGACAAUGAAAAACUGAUGAAAGAAGUCUCAAAGCAGUUCGCGGAAGCUGGUUUCUUUUAUAUUGGAGUAGACCGUUUGGUACAGUGUUUCUCAUGUAGUUUGGUAAUAUUUUACAGUAAAAGCAUCAAGAACCCUUGGAUUGUUCACGCUAAUCUUUCGUCAAACUGCAAUUUUCUUAAAGAGACAAAAGGAGUUGAUUACAUUCAAACUAUCAAUGAAUGUAAAACUCUUCAAGCCGAAGAACCAACAGUUGUUACUUUUCAUCUUAGAAAAUUUGAUGCAAACAAAUCAUGUGAAGAUAAUACAAAAUGUUUUGGUUUUGGCAGAUAAACAAUUAUGCUUCCGCCACUUUUGACAUAUUUAUAUUUAUAUACACGAUUGACGUUUACUUAUCCCAAACAUAUUUCAUUGAGCAAAAUAAUAACUAUCAAAAAUUAC